AUGAAAUUCAUAAAUCAAAGUGAAGCAGGAAUGUUCAUACUCUUGGGAUUUCCCAGCAGUAGGCAAAUGCAGGUAUUUUUCUUUGGAAUAUUCUUAGCCUUCUACCUUUUGACCAUUUCUGCAAAUAUGUUUAUUGUUGGGAUUGUGGCCAUGGAUCGUAUUCUUAAGAAAAUUCCUAUGUAUAUAUUCUUAUCCCAUUUUUCUUUCCUUGAGAUCUGGUAUAUCACAUCUAUGGUGCCCAAAAUGUUGGUGGACUUUUUGGCUGACAACAACACAAUUUCAUACAAUGGCUGCAUUGCACAAGUCUUUUUUUUCUGUGCCUUAGCAUUUACAGAGCUGUUUUUUCUUUCUGCCAUUGCAUAUGACAGGUACUUGGCUAUAUGCCACCCACUGCGUUAUACCACCAUGAUGACAAUUAAGCUGUGCCAGCAGAUGGCCUUGUGGUCAUGGAUAGUUGGAUUUGUAUGCAGUCUCCUAAUGGUCAUUCCUAGUUCAAGACUCUUAUUUUGUGCUCCAAGGAGCAUCAAUCACUUUUUUUGUGACUUCAUCCCAUUAUUAAAUAUCUCCUGCAGUCAAACUCCGGCUACAGACGUUAUCUUCUAUACCUUAGCUUGGAUCAUCAUUCUGUAUUCUUUGCUUUUAACUAGUAUUUCCUAUGUUCAGAUAAUGAGGACAGUUUAUUAUUUACCUUCUCAGUUAAGUAGAAGCAAAGCUUUUUCAACAUGUCUAUCUCACCUAACUGUUGUCUUGACCUUCUAUGGCGCAAUUAUCUUUAUGUACAUCCAAUCCUCCACAAAAAGUAUGUUAAAUGUAGAUAAGGUUGCAUCUAUAUUCUAUGCAGUUGUAAUCCCAUUAUUCAAUCCUCUAGUUUAUACUCUCCGAAACCGGGACUUUCAUGCAGCAAUGAAGAAAAAUCUCCCAUGUGUUAUCAUUACUUUUUGCAUAUAA